AUGACAGCGAAAAUGUUGGACAUAGUAGACCAAGCGGGAAAAAGUGUAAGUGGUGAAAACUUAAAGAAUGACAUAAAAAUCCUCUUCACAGACAUAGAUGGGACUUUGCUUAACAGUGACAAUACAUUAUCCCCACUAAAUAUGCAAACGUUAAUAAAGGCAAAGGAAAAAGGAAUUAAAAUUGUGCUUGCUACAGGGAGACCCGUAUUCUCUGUACAAGGAGUCAUAGGGGAACAAUUAAAAAAAAACGAUUUAAAAUUAUUUCCAGGAAUAUAUUUAAAUGGAUGUAUAACGUAUGAUGAAAAUGGAAAAAAAAUAAUUGACCAUGUUAUUAGUGAUGAGCUAAAAAUGGACAUUCAUAAUUUUACAAAAAAAAAAAAUUUUGAUCAGUACUGUAUUUGGUAUACUGCGGACCAAACAUUCUGCUUCAGUAUAAAUGAAGAAAUUAAAAAUUACAUGAAUGUUGAAAGUGUCUCUCCUAAAAUUAUUAAUGAAGAAACUUUUAAAACGUUGAAGGUGUAUAAAGUGCUCAUGUGUUUAAAUGAGCAAAACAUGUCCUCCAUUUUUCAAUCCUGCAAAGAUUUAUUUGCUCACAAAAUUAACGUAGCAAAUACUUUUAUGUAUUAUAUUGAAUUAUUUCACCAGAAGACCAACAAGUUUGAAGGGGUGAAGAAGAUUUGCGACAAUUAUAACAUCAGUUUGAAUAAUGCCCUUGUCAUUGGGGAUGGCGAGAACGACAUUGAAAUGCUGCAAGGAGUGCCCACUUCUGUUGCCCCCAGUAAUGCCUCUGAUAAGGUCAAGAGCUGUGCUAAGUAUAUUGGCCCCUCCAACAAUGACGCCGUGGUUAGCCAAGCGCUCCAGAGGUUCUGCGGGGUCCACCCUUGA